AGCUGAUGAAGCUGAAUACAAAAGAGUACUAUCUCGUUCUCCAUUCCAGAUUUACUCUAUGGGCAUGACCUAGCAUGAGAACCCCCUGUAAAGAAUGCGGGAGCCCCUAAGUGCCUGGGGAAAGCCCAGAAGCUUGAGCUGGCGACCGUACGGAGGGUGGGGGACGCACAGCUGUAUCAGUGUGUUGUAGGCACAGAGCGUGGUCCCCGGGUCCGGAGAAGCUAGCGCCUUUGAGUUAAAGGCGCAUCAGCCGGCUUGAAGCAGGGGAUGCCUGAGGCGUCCCUUCCUGUAUUUGACCGUUCCUUCACAGCGUGGGGAGGGGAGUUUCGGUGUGCAGCCUCCCGCUGAAGAGGCCUUCAGCGACUCCCCACUCUCCUUAAAGAUGUGGGUGGAAAAUAAGGGAGAGGAGAGUAGGCGGGAGCCCCCAGGCGGUUUUCGCCUACAGACGCUACCACUGUGGGAGUGUGUGGGUGGAACAGCCCCGGAGCAGAACAAUUGAGGCGCCCCUCCCCUCCCCCAUUGCCUGAGCUGAAGGGACAGGACACCGAGGGAGUGGGGAAGGCCACACCAGGGGAGGUCACAACUGAGGGGUACUGGGCAGGCUGGAAGGCAGGAGAGGUCUUGGAGGGAGAAAGCAAGGGGGACCGCCUAAUUUGUGGGAAAGCUGAGGGUAGAGGAGAAGGGUCCACCUGCCUCACUGAGUAGGAAAGCCAGGGAAGGGGCCACACCCCUCCCUCAGCCACCUGGGCAGGGAUGCUAUCUGGCCAGCAGUGGGUCCCACUGUGAGUAGGAGAGACUCCUAUAUUCUCUUUUCUUUGGGAAGUUAUGUUAAGUGGUAUUAAGACUGUUCAGUGUUUAGAGUAAAAGGUGAGGAUUGUUUUGAGGGAGAAAAAAGGUCCAGCCAUCUCAGGGUGCGAUAAUGGGCCUCAGCAUUCCAGGUCUUUUUGUCCCAGACCAAAAAGGUCGAAGAUGAAGAUGAAGGGGCCAGUGCCCGAGCCAUGGCACUGCCUCGGACACUGGGGGAGCUGCAGCUGUACCGGGUCCUGCAGCGCGCCAAUCUCCUUUCCUACUAUGAGACUUUCAUCCAGCAAGGAGGGGAUGAUGUGCAGCAGCUGUGUGAGGCUGGUGAGGAGGAGUUCCUGGAGAUCAUGGCACUUGUGGGCAUGGCCACCAAGCCUCUCCAUGUCCGACGCCUGCAAAAGGCACUGAGAGAGUGGGCCACCAAUCCAGGGCUCUUCAGCCAACCAGUCCCUGCUGUGCCUGUCUCUAGCAUUCCGCUUUUCAAGAUCUCUGAGACUGCGGGUACCCGGAAAGGGAGCAUGAGCAAUGGGCAUGGCAGCCCAGGGGAAAAGGCGGGUAGUACCCGUAGUUUUAGCCCCAAGAGCCCCCUUGAACUUGGAGAAAAACUGUCACCACUGCCUGGGGGACCUGGGGCUGGGGACCCCAGGAUCUGGCCAGGCCGGAGCACUCCAGAGUCGGACGUUGGAGCAGGAGGAGAAGAGGAGUCUGGUUCACCCCCCUUCUCCCCACCUGCAGGGGGAGGAGUCCCUGAGGGGACUGGGGCUGGGGGGAUGGCAGCAGGUGGUGCUGGGGGUGGUCCAGACCGGCUGGAGCCAGAGAUGGUACGGAUGGUGGUGGAGAGUGUGGAGAGGAUCUUCCGGAGCUUCCCAAGGGGCGAUGCUGGGGAGGUCACAUCACUGCUGAAGCUGAAUAAGAAGCUGGCACGGAGUGUGGGGCACAUAUUUGAGAUGGAUGAUAAUGAUAGCCAGAAGGAAGAGGAGAUCCGCAAGUACAGCAUCAUCUAUGGCCGCUUUGACUCCAAACGGCGGGAGGGCAAGCAGCUCAGCCUGCAUGAGCUGACCAUCAAUGAGGCUGCUGCCCAGUUCUGCAUGAGGGACAAUACACUCUUACUUCGGAGGGUGGAGCUCUUCUCUCUGUCUCGCCAAGUGGCCCGAGAGAGCACCUACCUGUCAUCCUUGAAGGGCUCCAGGCUCCACUCUGAAGAAUUAGGAGGUCCCCCUCUAAAGAAGCUCAAACAGGAGGUUGGAGAACAGAGUCACUCUGAAAUCCAGCAGCCUCCGCCAGGCCCUGAGUCCUAUGCAUCCACAUAUCGUCCCAGUCUGGAAGAGGACAGUGCUAGCCUGUCUGGGGAGAGUCUAGAUGGACACUUGCAGGCUGUGGGGUCGUGCCCAAGGCUGACGCCGCCCCCUGCUGACCUGCCCGUGGCAUUGCCAGCCCAUGGGCUAUGGAGCCGCCACAUCCUGCAGCAGACACUGAUGGAUGAGGGGCUGCGGCUCGCCCGCCUCGUCUCCCAUGACCGCGUGGGCCGCCUCAGCCCCUGUGUGCCUGCGAAGCCACCUCUCGCAGAGUUUGAAGAGGGACUGCUGGACCGAUGCCCAGCCCCAGGACCCCAUCCCGCACUGGUGGAGGGUCGCAGGAGCAGUGUGAAAGUGGAGGCUGAGGCCAGCCGGCAGUGAAGGAGGACCCAGGACCCCAACUUCUGGCUCAAACAGACCCUCACUUUCCAUCCUUGGAACCAAGUCACCACCCCAAUCCUUCCGCUGCCCUCCUCCUGCCUCCCCACCUGCUCCAUGGGCACAGGACUAUGGGGCUUCAAGCAAUAAUGAGCGGGGGCCUGGCGAGAGGACACAUGGAGGGUGCGUGGUGCCCCCUCACCCCUGCCCAGAGCCCAAAGCAAGGGGCAAGGACUCUGCCUCCAGGGCAGCUGGGGCUCUCCUCUCCCUCACAAAACACACUCCCAUUCUCUCUAGGUGGCCACCAGUGGUGUGAACAGUCCGGACUGAGUUUGGACAUGGGAUAAGGGGGACUUCCGUGGGAAGGUCCAGCAGCUAAAAAUGGCAACAUUUCCUCUCAGAAAGGGGGGCCUGAGAACACUGGACCUUUCCUCCUCCCCUCCCUGUCCUCAUUUUUGUGCUUCUAGUUUGUUUCUUUAAUUUAAUGAGAGCUGCAGUUUGCCGGUCCAUCCCUCUCCCCUCUGAGUCCUCAGCAGUUCUUCCCUCAUGCCCUCUGAGGGAGGUAGAUGGAGACUCCCUCCACCUGCCCCUGGGAGGCCUGGGUUGGAUUCAGGGUCUCCCCAGGCAAGGCCAGACUGCAGCAUCUGUCCAAACACUUAGAGCGUCUUUCUUUUCAGAUUGUGUACAGUAGAUUAUUUAUUUUGUUAUUUUGAAAUAAAAUUUAUUUUAUGGCUUAGGA